AUCAAAGUUUAGAGCAGUAAUCAGCUGUCAAUUAAUACAAAUAUUUAAUUUCAUUGUGGCAAUUUUCUCGUAAUACAUUUAAUUGAAGACCAUUUCAUUUGAACCUAAUUGCAAGGAACAAUGACAAGUCAAUCUACUGGUAUUCAGCAGCUUCUUGCUGCUGAGAAAAAAGCGGCAGAAAAAGUUUCGGAAGCUAGGAAACGUAAAGCAAAGCGUUUGAAGCAAGCGAAGGACGAGGCGGUUGAAGAGAUUGAGAAAUAUCGUGGCGAGCGUGAACGUGUACUGAAGGAAUAUGAAGCUAGGUACAUGGGGUCAAGGGAAGGCGUUGCUUUGAAAAUUGAAGCAGACACGCUUGAUAAACUGGAAGAAUUAAAAACUGCGGUAGAUACUCGCAAAGAUUUGUUGAUAAGUGAUCUUUUAGAUCUAGUUUAUAACAUCAAAUCAGAUGUGCAUAGGAACUAUGCAAGGAAAUAAGAACCGGCCGGGAAAGCGUUAGCUGAGAAGAAACCAUUGACUCUGAGUUUGCAAUCGAAAAGAUAUUUAUAAAUAGACUCAAUUCGGAAUACUCAAAUUUAUGUCGUACACGAAUUUAGCAGUUUUUACGUAAUGUUAUUAAUCAGAAUUAUCAACUCGAAUAUAUAAAUUCUUAUACCAUUUACCUUGGACUGCUGUUAAUAUUAAAAUUAAAGUUAAUUGUUUUAUUUGAACAUUUAUUUUAGAAAACCAAAAUGUUAAACUAGUCAAUAUGCACAAUUUUAACAAGCUUUAAAAUAAAUUACCUAUUUGACGCACAUUUA